GAGUGGGGGGGGGGGUUCUACUAGCAUCACACACCAUCUUCUUUCAAAAGCGGUCUACCAUCGAAACCAGCCUUUGAGCUAAAUCAGUCGUAUUUCACCAGGAUGGCUAGAGAGUUGAAGAAACAUUUGAAGAGGCUCAAUGCCCCUAGGCAUUGGAUGCUAGACAAACUGGGUGGUGCCUUUGCACUAAAGCCAUCAUCUGGACCACACAAAUCCAGGGAAUGCUUGCCACUGAUUCUCGUUAUCCGUAACAGAUUGAAGUAUGCUCUCACAUACAGAGAAGUUGUUGCUAUUCUCAUGCAGAGAAAUGUUAUGGUGGAUGAGAAGGUUCGCACGGAUAAGACCUAUCCUGGUGGUUUCAUGGAUGUUGUGUCCAUUCCUAAAACAAAUGAGGACUUCCGUCUCCUUUAUGACACCAAAGGACGUAUUCGUCUUUAUGCCAUCACUGGUGAUGAAAGCAAGUUUAAGCUGUGCAAGGUUCGAUCUGUCCAAUUUGGCCAGAAAGGUAUAUACCUCAAUACAUAUGAUGGGCUUACUAUCCACUACCCUUUAAAUAUAUUAUAA